AUUUUUAACUUGACUUUGUUUUUAACAGUAAAUAUGCUAAAAGUUAUUUUAUUACUUUUAAUUUAUGUGCAGUUUUCACUAUGUUGGAAUUUAGACGUUCGCUGUUUGUAUGCUGAUUGCGAUGAGUCAAACUCAAAUACACAAAACUUUAAUAUCGGUGAAAAGUUACAAACUUAUAAUCCUUAUUGCUUAGUUUUUGAUUGUAAAAAAGAAAAUACUAACUCUGAAAACCCGAACGAUGAUCCUACGCCAGGUAUAGAACCAGAACACGAUUCCGAAAUUGUUAAUAGAUUCAAAAAGUAUAAUCCCUAUUGUUUAGUUUUUGACUGUAAAGAAGACAAAUUAAAUGCAGAAAAUGAUAACUCAUACACGAAAUCAGAACCAGAUACAUCUAGUAAUCAGGACAAGGGUCUUUACUGUUCAUUAUUCGAUUGUGAGGAAGUAAACGGAGGCAAUGAAAAUAAAGAAGUUAAAUCUAAAUCAAAAUGGAAUCCUUAUUGUUGGUUUAAUGAAUGUGACCGAUUUAACGAAGAUUCUGAAACAGGCCAAGUGCAAUUCUGGCAAUAUGAUUAUUGGGCAAAUAAAGACAAAGAAGGUAGUUCAAAAUCAUGGACAGACAGAUUUUACUGCAGUUUUAAAGACUGUUCUAAAGAAACGGAUGAUAGCGAUAACAUUGAAAGUAGAUUUACCAUAAGUGGAAUGUAUAACUCUGCAAAAGAUUAUUUAAAUGCAGCAAAACCCCAAGAUGUUGUAGCUGAUAAUAUAUUUUCAUCAGAAAUUAGCCCAUAUUGCUGGUUCACUGAAUGUUGCAAUAGUAAUACAAUCCCCGGUGAUAUACAAAAAUUAUCAUUGUUAUUAAAAACAAAAUUAUAUGGCCAACCCUUAGCGUCUACAGUUAUAGACGCUAUAAGUCCUCAUUGGAACAGUAACCACCCUUCAAGAAAAGCACUGGUCCUAAGCUUGCAUGGUCCAAUUGGAACAGGGAAAAAUUAUAUCAGCGAGAUGAUUGCUCAGAGCUUAUUUAAACUAGGAGUUCAAAGUAAAUAUGUUCACUAUUUUUCAGGAAGGCUUCAUUUUAACCAAGGGGGAAAUUCUGAUGUAUACAAACAAAAUUUGUACAGCUGGUUAAAAGGCAAUGUAACUUCCUGCAGUAAACAAUUGUUUAUAUUUCAUGACGCAGACAACAUGCCUGAAGAGUUAUUAAAUUCCAUCUUACCUAUGUUGGAUUACAGAGAAAAAGUUGAUGGAGCUGAUUACAGAAACACCAUUUUUAUGUUUUUGUCCAAUAGUGGAUCACAAUUGAUUGUAGAUAAGUUAAAUGAUCUUUACAAUCAAAAUAAAACUCGCGCUGAUGUUGAACUAGAAGAUUUUGAAAAAGUAAUUGUCAAAGAUAUUUUUAAUCACCAAGGUGGAUUUUACCAUUCUGAUACAAUAAGCCAUAAUUUAAUUGAUCACUAUAUACCACUCUUACCAAUGGAAAGAGAACACGUUGCAGACUGUAUUAUAGAUCAAUUUAAAGAGAGAAACGUAAACUCUCCUACUGAGGAACAUGUCACGUCUAUUUUGAACUCAAUGUCCUGGGUCCAAACAGAACAUUUUGAAUAUUCUUUAACUGGUUGCAAAGCUGUUGGAUCCAAGGUGCGUAAAUUGUGGGAAAAAUACUAUAGACCAACACAAGAAAAUGCUGAUCUUUAAACCUAGCCAAUCUAGUUUUAAGUUUAAAUAUCCUGUACAUCAAGCUGAGGGCAGCGUAUGAUAUAUUAUUCCAAAGAACACUUUUAUAAUGGACACUUAAUCCUAAAAGAUUUGUACUACCAAAAAUUAUGUUUUUUGAUAGUUGAUUUUCUUGUGAAGGGAUUGACGGAUUUCGCUAAUUUUCUUUUAAUUUAGAUUUUUUGGCAUUUACACUGUUGCUCUUUUGGGCUUCUACCGGGUGGAAGAAAUGUUUUUCUUAUGUUAAGUUUGAGACACUGUGUAGGGAGGACAAGGUACAAGGGAGGGUAUACAUCGAAAUUAUAUCGUAGUCUCAUGUUUUGUACAUUUUUUUUACUGUAACAAUAGUAAAUUAACAAUAAAAAAUAACAACGUGUGUUUCCCCUUAUACUUAUGUAGCGACAAGCUACAUUUACUAUUUUUUAAUUACAAAUUUUAAUAACUUUUCUUUGUAAACGAAAUAAUACAUAUCAUUUAAAAUUUAAAUUUUUUCCGCUCGUAAUAAUAUAUACAAAAUAGUAUAUUGUACAACAAGUGAGAAAAAAGACAUAUUUCUCACGAGCGCAGACGUUUGUUGCGCAAAUCAAGCGAGGGAGAAAUAUGUCAUUUUCUCAUGUGUUGUACACUGUACUUUUUCUAUGGAUGCGGUUUUGUCAAGAGUUCAAACUUCAAAAUUAAAUAAUUUAGGUGCUUUUACGUAUAUUCUAUACAUAAAUUGAAAUAAAAUAUAUACAUUAUACAUGUAGGUAUUUAAUAUUCUUAAAAUUUAUAUACUUACGUUAUUUAUUUAAAAUUCUAAUUAACAGUUAUCUUCAAAAAGUUUUGAAAGGUAAUUCCUGGUAAGUUUUGCUCCAACACAUUUUAUUUGACAACAUUAAUUGUGUUUGUAUUGUGCAUGUUACCAUGGAAACGGCGAUCAUAUAUGGAAAACCGUAGGAGAACCCGUCAGAAAAAAUAUUGCUCACUGCAAUGGCCGACUUUUCUCACCGCAUGAGAAGUUGUUCGUUUUGAAUGUAUGUAAGUACUGAGAGAAGUUGCACAUUGUAUAGCAUCUAUAGAAAAACAUAUUUAUAUUUUUAAUUACCUAAACUUCUUCAGUUUUAUGUAUACGAAACGAAAUACCGUUUUUAAUCAAUUACAUCAUCCAGACUGAGGAAUAGAUCUCAGUUUUAAGAGCGUUCAAAUCCGAAAGCCUUGAUUGACAAAAAUUAAUACCAGUGCAGUUCAGUCAAAACCAGCCUUCGGUCGGGAAAGAUCAAAAAAACACACACUUUCCGAGAAAUAAGCACGCUUUUUACCGAAAUAUAUUAUUAACAGUGGAUAUUAUUUUUAAGUAUUUUCUAUGGGAAAUAAGCCACAAUUUUACUAAAAAAAUGAAUUUAUUAUUAUUUGUUUAUAAAUGGAUAUUAUUUGUUUCCGUGGAUAAUAAAGUUAUCACACGCAUCCAACACAACCACGGAACACUUCUAAUAACAGUUCUGAUCGACGCUUAAGAGUUAUUCGUCAACUGGGUGAACGGUACAAUUUGUGACAUACGCGAGAGAUCAGAUUGUUUAGUGGAGGUUCUGUGAUGUUUGGAGAGGAAUUUUCUUGACAUUAAGAAUGUAUUUGAUGAUAUAUAUUUGAUAUAUUACAGAAAUUUUAUUUUUUUGAAUACGUUGUUCCUUUCGUACCUUAUACCGGGUAGUGAAUUGGAUAACGGGCCAUAGGAAACUAAAUGUAAAAUUCUAAACUGUUGAAUUGCUGCUUCCCUAAUUAUUUUACAUCAAAAGACAUUAGAAAAUAUUUGUAGAGGAUUGAAAUCUGUAUUGAAAACAACUAUUAAAAUUGUUCUACGAAUUAAACAUAUUCCAAAAUUUUGUAAAAAUGUAAUACACUUUUCAGUUUUUUAGCCCAAAAUAGGGAACUUGCAUCAAUUUUUAAAUUCGAAAAAAAUGUUAUAAAUCACAACAGAACAUAAUUUAAAACAUGUAUCAAAGAUAAAAAAAGUUUUGUUUGUCUUUCGUUUGGCCCCUAAAGACGAUUAAAAAUUCAAAUUAAAACAGGUGGUCCAAAACGCAUAGUGACGUCAUAUAGUUGUGCAUGUACAUUCUGCACCAACAAAGUAAACAAAAUUGUAUAUAAUUUUAAAUUAGACAUUAUAAACGUCAGUAGAAAAUACAGUUAUGUAACGUCACAAGCGUUUUUGAUCGUUUGAACUAUUUUACAUUGGCUAAGGGUUCUUCUAAACCAAGGCCAGAAAACAGAAAAAAUAUAUAGAUUUUAAAUUAUCUUCUAAGUUAUUAUGAGGUUUUAUCGCGUGAAAGUUUGGAAAUAUUAUUUUUAAAGGAAACUGAAUAAUAUUACGUAAUAAAAAAAUGUGUAAGUUCCCUCAUAGGUUUGGCAUUCGUUGUGACACUGACACUAAUUUAUAAAUAUAUUUGAUAUCCCUAUUCCACGAACAUACGCCUGUUUUAGAUUACUUCGACAACGAAUAUUUUACUGUGCAAAAUAAGAAGAACGAAAAUAAAUUGCAAAUUACAUUGUUAUUUAUUGGAAUAAUUAUUAGCGCUAUUUACUUUCGUACUUCUUAUGUUGCACAGUAAAAUAUUCGUUGUCGAAGUAAUCCAAAACAGGCGUAUGUUCGUGGAAUGGCCCAUAAUUUCUAUUUCUGAUAUAUUUGAGUGUUUUUAAGAUAUAUUUUUUAAAAUGACCGAAGAGGGUUUUUGUAAAGGGCAGUCUGAUAACUUACCUAUAGUUGAUAUGUGUAUGGUGGCUACAUAUUUUCAAAAGAGUGAAAAUUUUUCCGUCGGAGAAGUUCGGGGAGUUAAAGCAGAUAAGUAAGUACAUAUAUUAUGUAUAUUAUACUCCCAUUAUACCUACUAAUUUUAUACUGUGAUUUUAUUCUGAUUAUUAUUCUCAUAAGUAUUUAACGAUAAAACUUAGUAGGUACACACUUCCUAUUAAGUAUAGUGGCAAUAUUAUAAAACACAGAAAUAUGAAAAAAUAUACUUGUUUUAUUUAACAGUAUUAAGCAGACAACAGACUACUUACGAUAAAAUGAUCUUGACAUACAUGAAGACCUUGUGUAUUAUCUGAAAUAUAUUUUUUCGACAUGCAAAUAACCACUUUAAACGGCGUUUUUUAUCCCUUGGUAAUCUAAUAAAUAUUUUAUUGGGGUUUUGAAUGCUUGUACUUGUACAGAAUGGCACUAAACAAUACUUAUAAAGUUUUUCUUUAUUUUCCAUAUUAAUCUUUCUCUUUUUUCCUUCAAAAACUGUAAACUCCAAUCCCAACAAACUGGUAUAUUUUUUAUAUUAUUACAAUGACAUACGAUAAAAAAAUGUCAUUACAAUAUAAAUAUUUUCCCAUAUUUCGCGACGAUGCUGUGGCCAAAUACCCAAGUAGGUGGAGGCCAAUAAACUAAAGAAGAAGAAGAAGAAUAUACUUACAUAUAACCCUCCCACAUCACUGAUAUAACCAUAUAAAAAACUAAUGUAAAACUAUGUGACGUCACGGGCCGUCUGAACUACUUUAAAAUAAAGAAGACUUUAAAUUUGUAUUUCUAAGUUAUUAUGAGUUUUUGAAGCGGGAAAUUUUGGAAAUCUCAUUUUUAUACAAAACUGAACAUUAUUAUGUAAUAAAAAAAAAUGUGCAAGUUCCCCAUUAGGCCACACAGUGCAAUAAUGUGUCACAAUGAAGUUAUUACUUUCACAUUUUUGAACUGUCAAUAUUUUUAUUUUAUCAUUUAUUGUUUACAAACAAUACAGUUGAUAAGACACCCUCAGUUGCAGAGAAAGUAUUAAUAAUAAAGGUUUUUUAUUCAGUCAAUGGUGUGAGCACUGUCAGUUAAAAAUAGUAACGUAUGGCCUAUAACUUUUAUAGCCAUUUUACACGAUGCAAGUAAUUGCGAAAUUUAUUACACAAUUUCUUGCAGCAAUAGAAAUUGCAUCGUGUCAUACGCGAAUUCCACAGAAAAGCUGCAACUUCUUGCAGCAAUUUCUUGCUGCAAGUAGUUGCAGCUAAAUAGAACAUGUCCUAUUUUUCAUGCAAUUUUUUCUGCAAUUUGGUUAUAUUUUUAGUAACUUUUAAGGCUACACUGUUUGUUUUGACAUUCUGUCAUUGUAAAUUUCAAACUAAACAAUUUUUGACAAAACUAGAGGAACUUUUUACCAAUUUCACGCUUCACAGAUAACAUUAUUCUGGUGGAUAACUUUAAUUAUGCAACAUAGGGAUUAAAGAAACUAUUUUCUAUUUAUUUUGUAUUUAACAACUUGUUUCCUUUUGUAAAUGAAUAAUGUAUUAUAGGUAUACUUGCAUUAGGUAUUAAUUGAUUUUGUUAUACAUAAUACAUAUUAUAAUUUUCUCAAAUUAUAAUCUAACAUUUUUAAUUUAAUAUAUCUGAUAACUCUACUCAAAAAAUUACAUUUUUAAUUUAUAAAAAGUAAAAACAACAUAACCUAAAAUUUAUGGUAUGUCAAAGUUUCUGUCCAUUUCAUGUCAGUUUAUGCAAUUACUUGCACCGUGUAAUCACUUUAUUGCAGAAAGCUAGUUGCAACUUAUUGCAGAAGUUCUUGCUGCAAGAACUUGUGCAAUAAAUUUCGCAAUUACUUGCAUCGUGUAAAGUGGCUAUUACACACAUACCUUCUGUGGCAAAUGUAUUAUAUUUUUCAAAGUUUUGGAAUGCAUUUAAAUCGUAGAACAAUUUUAACUUUUGAUUUUAAUACAGAUUUCAAUUCUCUACAAAUAUUCUCUCAUGACUUUUGAUGUAUAAUAAUUAGGGAAGCAGGAAUUCAACAGUUUAGAAUUAUACAUUGAGUUUCCUAUGGCCCGUUUUACGAUUCACCACCCGGUAUAGGAAAUAAUUUCAUCUUAAUGCAUGAUAACGCAAGACCUCACGUAUCGCAUGUCGUUACUAAGUACUUAAGUGAGGUAAAUAUUCAUACAUUAAAUUGGUCGCCUCACAGUCCCGACAUGAAUCCUAUUGAACAAAAAUGGGAUAUUGUUAGUCGAUAAUUAAGACUUUAUCAGCCCCUUCCUGCUUACCUGCAAGAUGUAGAAACUGUAGUUAUGAAUAUAUAAAACUCCAUAGACGGUGUGAAGCCUUUGUUAGAAGUAGAGGAGCAAAGUCGCAUUAUUAGUUCACGUCAUGUUUCUGUUUAAAGUUUUGUUAAUUGUUAUUUUUUGUUGGAGCUAAAAUACAUGUUAAAUAAUAAAACCGUCUAUUUUCUUAGUUUUCAAAGAUAUCAGCGAAAUUAAAAAACAAAAUGUUCUCAAAAGACAAGAUUAUAACAUGAUUUAGAUGCAUACCUACCCUUGUAUCUUGUCCUUAAUGUGGAAAACUUUUGCGGUUAAGUGUACUAUUUUUUUUACAAGAUCUGUUGCAUAUUAAUGGAGCUGUUGAAUUUUAUUCCGGUAUGACAGUAUAGUGUUUAUAGUAGGGGAGCAAAGUAUGCUAAAUGUGCAAUCACUCGAGCGCUUUGGGGACCUAUUGGGUUGUGAUUAUUGGGUCAUAAAACCAAAAAAAGUUAAGUAAAAUUUUCCAUUUUAGUGGGGAUAUCCCAUUUUUUAAUUUAAUUUUCCAUUUCCAACAAUCGUUUUUUCCGAUUAUAGCGCCAUCUGUCCGUAAUUCAAAAAAAUGUUUCGAAUAAAAGUUGCUUAUUUUUAUGUAAAGAAUCCAAAUCUGCAAUAAAAAAAUGGGGGCUCCUAUUUAAGAUUUUAAA